UAUUUAUCAAAAAAUUUUGGACAAGAUUCCCAUCGGGUGUGAACCAGAGACGGCCUUGACCGGCCCAAACCUCCGAGAAGCUUUUGAGCCGUCUGCCGUAAGGCGGAUCAGUCCAUUGGGCUUAACGCCGUUAAUCACAUAAAUGAUAAUUUUGGCCUUUUUCAUUUCCAAAUAUUCCAUACAAGAAAAAAUAAUAAUAAUAAUAAUAAUAACGCGUACGUAACACGCGAAGAAACAAUGCAAAACGAGAUUGAAUCACCGGUCGCCGGUGCUGUUGUAUUUCUUCCUUUUUCAGAGGAUAACUCUUUUCCGAGUAAUUUCAUAUGUAAAUUUGGCUAAAAUACUGAGAUUCCGGUUAUGGAGUCACGAAAUGGCUGUUGCUUCUCCGAUCUGUCUCCCAAUUUCAUUACUUAUAUCAUCGUCGCCCUCGCGAUCGGUAUUCUCCGAGUUUUGUAUGUUAUGUAUCAGAGCGGGAAGCCGUUCCGCCAUAGAUUGCCGGAGCAGCCUUUGAGUACGCUAGUAGUUUUAGGUUCAGGAGGGCACACGGCGGAGAUGCUUAAUGUGUUGUCUGUGCUGCAAAAGGGCAGAUUUGCGCCGAGGUUUUAUGUUGCUGCUGCUACUGAUAAUAUGAGCCUCUUAAAGGCUCGUAGAAUGGAGGCUUCUAUAACUGAAACGAGUGGGUUCAAGGAGACUUCUGCACAAUUUAUGCAGAUCUAUAGAAGUAGGGAAGUCGGACAGUCAUAUAUAACCUCCGUGUGGACAACUUUAAUUGCUAUUGCUCAUGCAUUUUGGCUGAUGAUCAGAAUGAGACCCCAAGUGAUUCUCUGCAAUGGACCUGGUACUUGUGUUCCUUUGUGUGUAAUUGCAUUCUUGUUUAAGGUGGCGGGAAUCAGAUGGUCAACUAUCUUUUAUGUUGAAAGUAUAGCCAGAGUGAAAAGGCUCUCUUUAAGUGGUUUGCUCCUCUAUCAAUUAAGGAUUGCAGAUCAAUUCUAUGUGCAAUGGCCAAAACUGCAGAGGAAGUACCCUCGAGCUCAUUAUGUUGGUUGUCUAAUGUAAUCAAUUUAAUUCUGCUGCUAAUAGGUGCUGUCAGUAACCUUUAAAAUUUUGAGCAUCUACAAUUUUGCAGCUCUAUUGUCAAUAUAGGAUACUAAAUAUUGAUUUCCUUAAAACUUAAUGAAGGGAUAUAGAAUAGUGCUAUGUAUCAUAAGGAUGUUGAAAUAUUGUACUCUAUUUUGGUUCCUCUAGCCUUCUAAACUAAAUGCUUAAUUUGCAGGAAGGAAACAGUAGAGAUAAAGGUUGUUACUCUUUUGAGGUUGCACUUGCUUCUUUUGCAAGAAAAUACUCUAGUUAGAAUUAUGAAAUCCUGCUUAUUGCGCCAACUAAAUUCAAGGGUGAAACUUCACUGCUUCCUAUAUGGACUCUUUAAGGGGGUGUUUGGUUGGCAGGAAUUUUCUGUCCUAAACUUUAUUUUUUAUAAGAGCACUGAUAAACAUGAGUAACAAGGUAGAAAUUGGAGGGUAAAGAAGCCCAGUUGAACGAUACAUCAUUGUGUACCAUCAGCUUCUAGCAAUAUUAUACCCAAGGAGAAUGAAACCUUGAUGAGCAUAAUUUUCAAAUAAUAUGAUCUGCCUGUGAAUGACCCCAGAGACUUGGGUCAUUUUCAGCAUUCAAGUCUACAAUUUUUGGCCCUAAUUUCGUGCUUCUGCGACAUGUUUUACUGUUGCAACACUAAUUCCUUCUAUCAGACAACUAGAGGAGGUUGUGGAAACUUCUGAGACAUUUCUGUUCAAUUUUUUUUUCUUGUAUUCUUUGCGAUCAUCAAUAUAGUGCUGGUAGAUGU